CAGCAGGAUGUCCGGAUCGCCAUCACGUGACGUUUGAACGCAUAUCUGAUUAUUUUUGUGUCCCUACAGAACAAAAGUAGGGGGCGGAAAGUCCACAAACAUGUCUCGUGUCAGCCCUAGAAACGGUGGUGACUAUAUGCAACAAGAAGAUGAAUGGGAGAGAGAUCUGCUGCUAGACCCUGCCUGGGAGAAACAACAGAGAAAGACGUUCACAGCAUGGUGCAACUCACACCUGCGGAAAACUGGCACGAGCAUCGAAGAUAUCGGCCAGGACUUCUGCAAUGGUCUGAAGCUGAUGCUGCUGCUGGAGGUGAUAUCAGGUGAACAGUUGCCCAAACCAGAAAAAGGAAAGAUGAGAUUUCAUAAGAUUGCGAAUGUUAAUAAAGCCUUACAUUUCAUCGCAAGUAAAGGAGUAAAGUUGGUCUCCAUAGGUGCAGAAGAAAUUGUGGAUGGCAAUGUUAAGAUGACGCUGGGCCUCAUCUGGACAAUUAUACUCAGGUUUACUAUCCAGGAUAUUAGCAUUGAAGAGUCGACGGCAAAAGAGGGGUUGUUGUUGUGGUGUCAGAGGAAAACAGCACCUUACAAGAAUGUAAAUGUGCAAAACUUUCACAUGAGUUUCAAGGAUGGAUUGGCAUUCUGUGCCCUAAUACAUCGGCAUAGGCCAGAUCUCAUUGAGUACCAAGAGCUGAGAAAGGAUCAGCCUUAUGAAAAUCUAAACCUGGCAUUCGAUAUUGCUGAUGAGCAUUUGGACAUUCCGAAAAUGUUAGAUGCCGAAGACAUGGUUAACACGGUGAAGCCAGAUGAGAGAGCUGUCAUGACGUACGUCUCCUGCUACUACCACGCAUUCGCCGGUGCGCAGAAGGCAGAGCAAGCAGCCAGCAGAAUCUGCAGGGUUAUGGAUAUCAACCGUGGCAACGAAGAACGGAUGAAGGAAUACGAACAACUCACAAGCGAGCUACUGGAGUGGAUAAGACAAACAAAGCCUUGGCUGGAGGAUAGGACCAUGGAUAAUACGAUGAUGGAGUUACAGGCUAAACAAGCAGAGUUUCGUAACUACAGAUGGCAGCACAAACCACCCAAACUGGAAGAGAAGGCACAUCUGGAAACAAUGUUCAACAAUAUUCAGACAAAGCUACGUGUAACCAACCGGCCGGCGUUUAUGCCAACCUCAGGAAAACUGCUGAGCGACAUAAAUAUUGCUUGGAAAGAACUGGAGAAGGCAGAGAAAGGUUUUGAGGAAUGGCUGCUGUCAGAAAUAAUGAGGCUAGAGCGGAUGGACCAUUUGGCUAAAAAGUUCAAACAGAAAUGUGAGAGCCAUGACCGAUGGACGGAUGCAAAGCUUCUCUACCUGCGAAACGAAGAGUUCAGAAAUUCAAAACUCAUGGAUUUGAAGGCACACAAGAAAAAACACGAGGCAUUUGAAAGCGAGGUUGGGGCGCAUCAGGAGCGGGUUGAACAAAUCACUGCUAUCGCCAAUGAACUGAAUUCUCUAGGUUACUAUGAUGCUCCAGCGAUUAAUGAUCGGUGUAAGGAAAUAUGUGAUGGCUGGGUAGACUUGGGAGCACAGUCACAGGAGAGAAGACAAGCUCUGGAGGAAGCUGAACAGAUGCUGGAGGCCGUGGACCAGCUGCAUCUGGAGUUUGCGAAGCGCGCAGCACCAUUCAACAACUGGAUGGACGGUGCUCGUGAUGACCUUAAUGACGUCUUCAUCGUCCACAACAUCGGAGAGAUUCAGGAUCUGAUAGAUGCCCAUGGUCAGUUCAAGAUGACGUUGGGGGAGGCUGACAAAGAGUACAGCUCACUUCUAGGAUUAUCCGACCAAGUUGAAGAAUUGGUACAGCAGUACAAUAUUCCAGGUGCAACAGAGAACCCAUACACGAACAUUAGUCCUGAGCACCUAGGUGCACUUUGGGAUAUGGUAAAGAAGCAAAUACCAGAGAGGGAUGCAGUGCUGCAUGAAGAACUUGAAAAGCAACAGUGCAACGAGCAGCUGCGGCGGAGUUUUGCCGAGAAAGCGAACACGGUCGGACGCUGGAUCGAGAGCCAGAUGGACGCGGUGGCGAACAUGGGACUAGAGUGCAACGCGACGCUCGAGCAGCAGAUGACCAAGGUGAAGUCAUACGGCACGUCCAUACAGGAGUACAAGCCGCAGUUCGACGAGCUGGAGCAGAUGAACCAAGAAGUACAGGAAGCACUUAUCUUUGAAAAUACAUACACAGAAUAUACAAUGGAGACACUACGCGUUGGGUGGGAACAGCUGAUGACAUCCGUUCCCAAAAGCAUAAGUGAAAUUGAAAACCAGAUCCUUCUGCGUGACUCCAAGGGCAUUAGUGAGGAACAGAUGAAAGAGUAUCGCAUCUCGUUCAACCACUUUGACAAGAACAAGUCACAGCGGCUUGAACCGAACGAGUUCAAGGCCUGCCUGCUCAGUCUAGGCUACAAUCUACGUGAGGAUGCGCAGGGAGAUGCUGACUUCAGAAGGAUCAUGUCGAUAGUUGACCCAAGCUGCACCGGCUACGUAAUGUACGAUGCCUUCUUGGACUACAUGACACGAGAGAACCAGGACAAGGACACGGCUGACCAAAUCAUUGAGUCGUUCAGAGUGCUAGCAGGAGAUCGGCCCUAUAUCACGGAAGAGGAGCUGCGUCUGGAGAUCCAGCCUGAGCAAGCUGAUUACAUUCUCGAGCGCAUGCUUCCCUACCAGGGUCCGGAGCCGGAUGUACCACCAGGAGCCCUCGACUACAAAUCCUUCAGUAUGGCCCUCUAUGGCCAGAGCGACCUGUAGGGUAGUGGUGAGAGAUCAGUGUACACAGCAGGUGUGUGUACAAGUGUAGUAUCCAACUAUAUAAAUAAAUAAU